AUGUCUAAAAGCGGUCGCACACUGGACGAGAAGCGCAGCACCGCCUUUGUACUCUUGUUUCGUCUUUCUCUCUGCAGGAGGGCACAUACUCUGACAGUGCUGUUCAUCCUGACAUGUGCUCUAGUUUAUGUGACACUAUUGGAGGAGACACCACAUGACACAGCGUACAACACUAAAAGAGGAAUUGUGGCCAGUAUUCUGGUGUUCCUUUGUUUCGGAGUAACACAAGCUAAAGAUGGUCCCUUCACACGUCCUCACCCAGCAUACUGGCGUUUCUGGCUGUGCGUUUCUGUUGUGUAUGAACUCUUCCUCAUCUUCAUCCUGUUUCAGACAGUGCAUGAUGGCAGGCAGUUUAUGAAGUACAUUGACCCUAAACUGGGUGUCCCUCUUCCUGAAAGAGAUUAUGGUGGAAACUGUCUUAUUUAUGACCCUGGUCACCCUGCUGACCCCUUCCACAAUAUCUGGGACAAAAUGGAUGGAUUUGUUCCUGCCCAUUUUCUUGGCUGGUACAUUAAGACGCUGAUGAUCAGGGACUGGUGGAUGUGUAUGAUCAUCAGCGUGAUGUUUGAGUUCCUGGAGUACAGCCUUGAACACCAGCUGCCCAACUUCUCAGAGUGCUGGUGGGACCAUUGGAUCAUGGAUGUGUUGGUGUGUAACGGUUUGGGCAUUUACUGUGGCAUGAAGACUCUCGGUUGGCUCUCCAUGAAACCCUAUCAAUGGCAGGGAUUGUGGAACAUCCCAACAUACAAGGGGAAAAUUAAGCGUAUUGCCUUCCAGUUUACCCCAUAUAGCUGGGUGAAGUUUGAAUGGCGUCCUGCAUCUAAUCUGCGAAGAUGGCUGGCGGUGCUGGGUAUUAUUUUCAUGUUCUUGUUGGCGGAGCUGAAUACGUUUUAUCUGAAGUUUGUGUUGUGGAUGCCUCCUGAACAUUAUCUGGUGCUUUUGCGGCUCAUCUUCUUUGUGAACGUGGGUGGAGUGGCCAUGCGAGAGAUCUACGACUUCAUGGAUGAUCCGAAAUUCUAUAAAAAGUUGGGCCAGCAAGCAUGGAUUGUGGCGACCAUUACUGUUACGGAGUUUCUGAUCGUGGUCAAAUAUGAUCCGAACACCAUUAUGCUGCCAAUUCCCUUCUUCAUCACACAGUGCUGGACACUCGGAAUCGUCCUCAUCUUCUUUUGGACCUUGUGGCGGUUCUUCGUCCGUGACAUCACACUCCGAUACAAAGAAACAUGCCGGCGCCGACAGGAAGGGUCUUCCGAGCAGGACAGAGUCCCUGGACACGCCGACGGCAGCAAUUUGGCCACAUCAGGGCGUAGUAAACUAAACGGCAGUAUGGACACAGUCCGACACAGGAAGUCAUGAAUCCAUCCUUGCACACACAAAUAGCCAUGCGCUGCACAUCGCAUCUGGACACAUGUUUGUGUUUAUAAUCUUGUACAGAUCAUGCCAACGCUCAUGGUGUCUGUCGAGCAGCACCCAGACAGGUGAUGCCAUCAUUUUCUCUACUCACAGAGAGGGUUGUUGUAUAUUUUAAGAAAAAUGUCUUUGUAGCUGUUACACAGGUGAGGCGUUUAGGGUUUGGGGGUCCACUUUCCCUCUGGUUUUGGGUUUAGUGAUCGGUGCUAUGCAGGAAUACACAUUUCGAUGCAGAACACUAUGCAGUGAACUUACAGUAGAGGAAGUGCACAUACAGCCAUUUAUGAAUAAAACCAUUCUUUUUAAGUUACAUUUAGCAGGUAGGAACACAGGAAAGAGUUCCAAAACAUCCUGCAUGAACUAUAACACUAUUUAAAAAGCUAUAAGAAUGUAAUUAUUUAAUCUGCUGUGUCCUUCUGCUAUGCUUAGGAUGCUAAAGGAAGUUAGCGUGCCUGUUACACAAGCACCUCACACACGGACAUUUCUUCGGACCUGUUUAACACGGGUCAGUGCCGUGACUGGACCAAAAUCGAAGAACUUUACUUUCCAUUUGCAUGCGUGAAUGUGUGCGUGAGACCAUAAUGGCCAAAACAUUCAUCAUGCUGAUGCUGUUUUUAUUUCUGCAGGGAAACCACAUACUGAAACUUAGUGUUUUGGGUUUGAUAAAUAAUAA